AUGUGUCGAAAUUAUUGCCUCAGAUCUGUAGAAGAAAGCAAUCGAAAUUUCCAAGAUGUGUUCGAAAUUUCUCUUUGCCCUGUUCAUCUUCUUCCUCGCAGCCCCCAUAUUUCCUUCCAGCAGCAUCACUCUCUACGGCGGCGCUUUCGUGAACGCCACCUCCAUUGCCCUGUCAAAGGAGAAGAACUUCACCAUCCUCCCGCUGCCUCCGUUCUUCCCGCUGGUUCCACCGCCUCUAUUUCGUGCCUUUUCUCUUUCGCCGUCGACAUGUUCGUGUUUCUUAUCACAUCAAAAGGCGCAAAUUUCACGGGCCUCCCGAUUGAGGUACCCUAUUAUCAUGCCGUGGAAUUCAAUUUUUGA